AACAAGAUGAAGUUGCGAUGAUGAUGACGGUGGAAGAUCAAUCACUUGUUCAGAUAAUGGAGUGCCGGAUUUGCCAGGAAGAAGAUCAUGCCGUGAACUUGGAAAAUCCUUGUGCAUGUAAUGGUACUUUGAAGUAUGCUCACAGGAAGUGUGUGCAGCGUUGGUGCGACGAAAAAGGAAACACAACGUGUGAGAUUUGCCAGGAGCUUUUCGAGCCUGGUUAUACCGCACCAGCCCCAUCGCCUCCUCGGCCAAGCUCCGACGAUACCACUGUUGAUAUCAGUGGAAACUGGACCGUUGGAGAUAAUAUUGAUGUCGAUGACCCUCGUCUCUUGGCUAUGGCAGCAAGUCGUCGCCAUUUUCUUGAAUCAGACUAUGAAGACAGAGAUAGGGAUGGAGCUUCUUUUUGCCGUGCAGCCGCUUUCAUGUUAAUGGCACUCCUGCUCUUGAGGCAUGCAUUGGCGAUUACGGCUGCUGAAGGUGAUAAUGAUGCUCCCACAUUGUUCGCUCUAUUCAUGCUGCGAGCAAUUGGGUUUGUUUUACCAUGCUACAUUACGGCAUGGGCCGUCAGUAUGAUACAUUACCGACGUCAAGUACGGGCUGGUAAUAACUCCGCGAUGUCCACAACCGAAGUUGCUAUUAUGAUGCAAUCAGGGGAAAAUGGAGAUUUAGAAUUCACAUUAGCUCCCAACUUGUCUGCCCCGGCGCCAUGUCCUCCUACUCAAGCUUGA